GUACACGGGGUAUACAGGGGCACAGGGGUAUACAGGGAUAUACAAGAUACAGGGAUAUACAGGAUACAGGGGUACACGGGGUAUACAGGAUACAGGGGUAUACAGGAUACAGGGAUAUACAAGAUACAGGGAUAUACAAGAUACAUGGAUAUACAGGAUACAGGGGUAUACAGGAUACAGGGGUAUACAGGGAUACACAGGGGGGUACACGGGGUAUACAGGAUACAGGGAUAUACAGGGGGGUACAUGGGGUAUACAGGAUACAGGGGUAUACAGGGAUACACAGGGGGGUACACGGGGUAUACAGGGGCACAGGGGUAUACAGGGAUAUACAAGAUACAGGGAUAUACAGGGAUAUACAGGAUACAGGGGGGUACAUGGGGUAUACAGGAUACAGGGAUAUACAGGGUACAUGGGGUAUACAGGAUACAGGGAUAUAUAGGAUACAGGGAUAUACAGGAUACAGGGAUAUACAUGAUACAGGGAUACAGGGGUAUACAGGAUACAGGGAUAUACAGGAUACAGUGGUAUACAGGGAUAUACGGGUAUACAGGAUACAGGGGUAUACAGGAUAUAGGGGUAUACAGGGAUAUACAGGAUACAGGGAUAUACAGGAUACAGGGAUAUACAGGAUACAGGGGUACACAGGAUACAGGGGUAUACAGGAUACAGGGAUAUACAAGAUACAGGGAUAUACAGGAUACAGGGGUACAUGGGGUAUACAGGAUUCGGGUACAGGGAUAUACAGGGGUACAUGGGGUAUACAGGGGUACAUGGGGUUUACAGGAUACAGGGAUAUACAGGAUACAGGGGUAUGCAGGAUACAUGGGGUAUACAGGAUACAUGGGUAUGCAGGAUACAUGGGGUAUACAGGGGUAUACAGGAUACAGGGGUAUACAGGGAUAUACAGGGGUAUACAGAUAUAUACAGGAUACAUGGGGUAUACAGGGGUACACGGGUAUACACGAUACAGGGGUAUACAGGAUACAGGGGUAUACAGGAUACAGGGAUAUACAGGAUACAGUGGUAUACAGGGAUAUACAGGAUACGGGUAUACAGGAUACAGGGAUAUACAGGAUACAGGGAUAUACAGGAUACGGGGGUAUACAGGAUGCGGGGGUAUACAGGAUGCAGGAUACAGGGGUAUACAGGAUACAGGGGUAUACAGGGAUAUACAGGAUACAGGGAUAUACAGGAUCCAGGGGUAUAUAGGGAUAUACAGGAUCCAGGGAUAUACAGGGGUAUAUAGGGAUAUACAAGG